UGGCCGAGGAGGAGGGUGGUGCGCCGGCCGAGCCUGGCAGAAGAAAGGCUGCUGCCACUGCCUCCCUCAACAUCAGCAAGAAAAAUGCCACUCGUAUGAAGAGAGUAUCAUCUAUAUUGCGAAAAAAACGUGACUCACUAACAUUGGAUGACAGACAUUUGUUAGAAGAGAAUGCUGAACUUGUGGAAGAGUUCUAUAAGAGACGUGAGCGUCGGGCAGUGUGGCAGUCACGCAAAACAGAGCAAGAGGACACAAAGGAGGUUCUGCAAGCCAAGUGUGAGCAGCUCGCCCAGGCUAUACAUGAUACAGAAUUCCUGGUGGUAUACACAGGGGCAGGCAUAUCAACGGCCGCUUCCAUCCCCGAUUACCGAGGCCCCAAUGGUAUUUGGACGUUACUACAGAAGGGUGUGGAUAUUGGGCAUCACGACUUGUCUGCGGCAGAGCCCACACUAACUCACAUGGCCCUGUCUGCUCUCUACCAGCAAGGUAUUGUGCGCCAUGUGGUCUCCCAAAACUGUGAUGGACUCCAUCUACGCUCAGGUUUACCCAAGACGGCCAUGUCGGAAGUUCAUGGGAACAUGUAUAUUGAGGUGUGCAAGCACUGUGUUCCGGCACGGGAGUAUGUGCGAACGUUUGAUUUGACAGAAAGAACCUCCAUCUAUAAACACACUACUGGACGACGUUGUUACAGAUGUGGUGAACCUUUAAUUGAUACUAUUGUACAUUUUGGUGAGAGGGGAAAGCUUCGAUGGCCACUGAAUUGGCAGGGAGCGUGUCAGGCUGCCAAUGCCUGUGAUACCAUCCUCUGUCUGGGUUCCAGUUUAAAGGUCUUGAAGAAAUACCCAUGGCUGUGGCAGAUGGAUCGACCCCCGAAGAAGCGGCCUCAGCUGUACAUUGUUAAUCUUCAGUGGACGCCAAAGGAUAAAGAUGCAACACUCAAAAUCAAUGGUAAAUGUGAUGAAGUAAUGGCCUUGGUGAUGAAGGCCCUUGGCUAUGAAUUACCUAUUUAUUCACGCUCGUCAGAUCCAAUUUUCAACCUUGCCACUCCGCUUCAUCCUGCAGAAGCUGUCACCUCAUCCCGUCCCAGUCUGAUUCCACCUCCGGAAGAUGACAAGGAGUUGGAUAUAGAGGAGAAUAAAGAUGCUGUAGUUACAGGCUAUGAUGUGAGAUGGAAUGAGAAGAUUCAAGGGAGUGAUGAGGUUAAUAAAGAGUUCAGGGGUGAGAAUUUAAGUAGUGACGUGAAAGAUGAAAAAUGUGACAUAAAAAAUGAAACAAAAUUUGAUAUAAAAAAUGAAACUAAAUGUGACAUAAAGCCUGUGAAUGGUGUCCACUUGGCCUGGAACGUAGAAAAUAUACCUUUACGUUGGAAUGAAAAUGUAGCUUCCCAUGGUCAGUCAUUAGAUCUUUUAAACAGUGAUAAUAAAGAUUGUAAACCCAUUUUAUUUGAGGCUGAUGAUCUAAUAAAAAGUGAAGACAGUCUCAUUAAUGAUGUCAAGGAAGAAGAUAUCAAAGAGGAAACGACUUGGAACAAUGGAGAGAGCUUUUGUAGUCAGUAUAGUGAGCUGUACAGAGCCUUAACAGCCAAGAGCAAAAUUGUUGAAACUGAGGAGGUGUUGGUAGGGUCCAUGGACGUGGAGGAGGUGAAGAGUGAGCCCUCGGACAGUGAUGAAGACUUCCAAACUUCUGAUGCUGAAGGGGAACCAUGGCUCAGUGACAAACUUGCUGAGAAUACAUUAGAUGAAGAAAGUUCUUGUUCAGACUCAGAUUCUAGCGAACAAGUGGAUGAGGCAGAUGACUGUCAGACAGAAGAUUUUGAGAUGAACAUUCUAGACCAUCAGCUACAUAAACCUAACAACAUAGACUAUUUCAAGUUAGCAUAUGCAUCUACCAAUGUUCAGAUGGCCAAGCAAGGUCAGGCUCUUCUAAAGCAGAAUGAUUUCUAUGGCACUGGUCUCUGCAUAAGGUCAUUUGUUGAUAACUCUAAAAGUGAUGACAGGCUUAACAAACUGGUAAUAAGUGAUGAGGGAAGAUCAGAUACCAGUGUGGCAGGUGGAGAAAAAAAUGCAGAAGUAGAGGUAAAUAUGGAUAUGCCAAGUCUAGUGCAAACAGAUGACAUGAGAAGAAUUGACAGUGAAAGUGACCAAAUUGCCUGCCAUACUACAAGGGAAAAUAGUAAUACCUCUUUGCCUGCGACCCCCACGGCUCCAACUGAAUCUUCUAGUCUUCCCAACUGUCGUAAGUCUCCUACCCUGACUAUGUGUUCGAGUGAUUGUAAUAAGUUAGCUGUGUGUUCAGGUGAGUACGGGAACAAUUUGACUGCAUUUUCAGGUAAUUGUAGUGAUAAGGCUGUAUAUUGUAAUAAGCAUGAGAGUGAAAUAGAUAUAGGCACAAUAGAACAGGGCUGUGACAUCCUCCAGAAACUGAGUGUUCCAUGUAAUAAUGUGAAAACAUUCAAUCAUGAAAUAAAUAAGGUACACAAUUCGGAGGUUAUGAUGAAAGCGCCACAGCCUUCCUCUGUUUUACGAGUGACUAACAUUAGCGAUCCAGAAACUGCUCGCCAAAAUAGUGAAAUUUUGAAAAAAGAAAACAUAGUAUGCUUUGGGGAUGAAUAUUUAUCCCAGAGUAAUAAUCAAUCGACUGAUGGAAGUUUCUUGUUAAGAACACACAUAGUUGAUGGCAUAAUUAGGACAGCUUGUGUUGAAACUCUUGCAGAUGAUAAGUCUGAUGUUGAGAAUGUACCAGUUCCUUCCUGUAAAGAUGCACACAAGGUUCCUCUUCCAGCAAACAGUGAUAUUACAAGGGUAACUGUUCCUUUUCCCAGUGAUACUCCUAGAGUUUCAGUCCCACCUUGCAAUAAUUCCUCUUCAUGUCAGGAACACUUUGUUUCUAAAUCCCAGGUUAGUGCUAUUGCUCAGCACUCUAAAUUGAUUGGUGGAUCCAAGUUAUCACCUCAGCAGCUCAGUGUUUCAGAAAGUGAUGAAUUGAAGUCUAUUUGGCAUCAGAGUUUUUGUGGUUCCAGUAAUGAGAAAAACUUGAGUACUUUAGCAGUCAUGGUGGGGAUGAAGGAGUGCAGACUUCUUAAAUGUGAAAAUAGAGAUCCUGGUUUUGUGAAACGCACAAGAAAUGAAGUUCUCCUAAGUCCAGAGAAGUCCAGCUCUGUCAUCCUCAAGAACAUAUGUACUGAAGCUCUGAAUGACAGUGUUGCUCGGCAGAAAGGUUCAACCAAGCGAAAGCCCAAGGGAUGUGACAAUGAGGAUGUAAAGUGUAUUUGGUUUUGGGGGUUUGAUAGUAAUGCUGAAAGUAAGGAGAAGGAGUCCAGCGAAAAUGAUAACUUUACAAGUGGCAGCUUGGCUUCAGCAAUGAACUCCCUGAAUGAGGGUGAUGAAGCAAUAGAUAACGACAAUGAAUGUCUUCCUGUUGGCCGUGUGACGAGGAGCAGGACUCGAGCUUCCAGUGACUCUCGAGGAGCCCCUGAAGUUGAUGUGUUUAAAUGUCACUGUAACGGGAGUAAUCCUGAACUGUGCAGACUGGCAAGACUUCGACCUUUCCGAGUUGCAUGUGAUGCGGAUGUGGAGAAAGCGAGGGAAAUUAUUAGAAGAAGACGUACAUACAAUUAUCGUAAAUAUGAACCUAUUUUUGAGAAAAAACUUGCAAGUUUUACAUACGAAAGAGUUCGGGUGAAAAGGAAGUCAAAAUUUGAGAGUGUGCAUGGAAAUGAAGUGGAGGAAGAUGAUGAAUAUGAUGAACAAGAAAAUGAGAUAAAAGAUUAUGAACAAAAGAUGAGUGAUGGUGAAGAAUGUCGAGAAAAAGAUGAGAAAGGAGAGAGAAAGAUUACACCAGGAUGGUACGGUAAAGGACUCAGAAAAGGAUUAAAGAAGAAAACAAGAGUGUGAUGUAAGAAGAUGUAAAUGUGAUGAGAAACACAGAAUCACUAUGAAUCGAUGACUGCGGUUCAUGCCAGGUGUGUGUGUGUGUGCGUGCGCUCGCGAGAGUGAGUGUGUGUGGAACUUGAAGCUGGUCAGUAGCUCGUACCUGAGAAAUGACACAUGAGGUGGGAACAAACUUUUUAUGUCAAUAUUAUAUUUUCUGAAGGUUGUAAUAAUUUUAUCAUUUAACACUGAUGAGGUGUACUGUCUGUGGCACAGCUCAAGAUGAAAGGAAGUGAAGUCCAACUUUUUCUCUCUAGCAUGAAGUUUUUGUAUUUAUUUUUGGAUAAUACUCUUUUUAACCAUAUUUACUACAUAAUUAACCUCUGUAAGUCUGUACUGCUGUAGUGAAUAUAAGUAAAAAUUGGAAUCUUUUCAGUGGUGAUGAACCUAGAGUGAUAGUUUUACAUUUUAAAGAGGAUGUGACUUAUGUUGGCCUGUAUAUUUGAACUGUUCAUCUUGUUAUAGCAAAAUUUUAUGUGCUACUUGUAUUGUACAGAAGAUAAGUUAUUGACAGAUUCUAUUCCAGAAUUGUGAGAAAUUUUUAAGUCCAGAUUGUCUUUAGGGAAUAUUUAUAGAUACUUAUUUUGGAUCUCUCUUAAGCCUAAGUAGGGUAGAUGUUGCAAUUAGAUGACUAACAAACAUUGGGACAUCCCAGCCAUUUUAGCUUUUUCUAAGUAGACAUUUGCUGAAUGAUCUUGUAGACUCAGGCUUGUAUGAUGCUAUAUGUACACGUGUAAGGUCUAUGAUAAUAACCUUUAAUACGGAUGAAUGAUGUAUAUUAAGAGGAGGAUGUGAAGGAGCUGUAGGAUUGUCAAUAAGAGUAGAUUGGCAGUUGAUAUGGUCUGCUAAAAUUCCUAUUGAAUCAGUUGUUUUAUUCUUGACCGUAUCACUAAUUGUUAGGUAAAAGUACUUAGUCAUUAACAGUGGUGAAACCAUCUGACAUAAUCAUUCUAAACACUACAAUCCAGGAGCUUCUUAGGGUUUGCCACCCUGGACCCACCAGGGGCCUAAGGAAUACAUGACCCCUGGCCACAUCUGUUGAUCCCUAUGAUGACCUCUUGUGGUGCAGGUUAUUGACAACCCUUUACGUGAUGUGUGUAUGAGAUAAGUAUUUUAGCAUUUGUCUGCAAAUUGUAGGGAGUAUUAAUUUGUACUUCUUGACACUAGAUGAUAAGCAGAUAACCGAAUUCCUCAAAUAAUCACUGCCCAUUUAUUGUUAUGCGUUGCUUCGUCUCCACGAGCGAGACGGCACUCAGGAACCCGUACCUCGUAAAUAAGUUUCAGGGAACGCCACAAUACAGAGGGAAAAUGUGGCUUCUUAAGAAUCAUUAAGGUGGAUAUUGGCCUUCUGCUUGUUAAACACUUAUUCAUUUUUUUUUAAAUAUAUGUACAGUAUCUUCUGUUUUUAUUCUUAAUUGAUAAUGUUACAAAAAGUAGAUGGUCAUCCUUGUGUUUUUGUGGGCAGGAGACUCAGUAUGGGUGAGUUUUCUGUUAAGGUCACCCUUAGCCAAGCACAAGAUACUCAUAUUUUGAGUUAAAACCUCCAGGCAGGGUGAUCCAAUAUAAAGCACAGUGGUUCAACAUGAUAUGGUUACUAUACAGGAGUCUUUGACUUAUAACUUGGUCUAGUGUUCUGUAUGGUUUAACAUUAUAGUACAGUCCAAUGUUUAGCAUAGAUCAACAUUAUGGCAUGGUUCACUGUUCAGCAUGGUCUUAUUUAUACCAUGGUCUAACAUUAUGGCUUGGUCCAGUGUACAGCGUUGUCCACUGUAGUGUGGACCAACAUAACAGUGAAGUCCAGUGUAAAGAAGGUCCAAUGUUUGGCUUGGUCCAGAAUUAAUGGUGACUCCAAAAAUUUUAAUUCAAAGGAUAUUUUUUUUUCUUGCAAGUCAUACAUUGUAAGGUAGAUAAUGAAUGCAGUAGUUCAAGUAUUCCUGGCAACUAACAGGAAUAUCAAGAAGGGUUGGAAUUAUCGAUGGAAUGUGUCAAGCAAAAUGCCCUUUGACUGUUUGUUUCUUCUGCACAUAUGAUACAAGUGACACGCAUAACUUAUUAUCAGUUUCUCAGUUAACCCUCUGGUACUCCUGGCCAUGGUUGUGUCGGUAACAGGAAUGGGUAUUCCAUUUUAACAAACAUUGGGUAGAGCGGUCCAGACCCAAAUUGUACCCUUAAGCCCCCAUACACGCUUUGUUUGGCCUGUGGGGGUAGUUUGAACUGAAGCCCUGGCUUGCAAACUGAACAGAAGGCUUGGAGGGACUACCUAAAAACUGUCUGCAGUUUGUGUGGCAUGAAGACCACUCUGGCCUCAAUUCAGGUAUGAUCUUGCCCAGUGCUUGUGCAGAAAUCUAUGGAAAACUUGAAAUCCUCAUAGGAUCGUCCAGUUUCCACAUGCAGAUAUCAUCUUUCUUGAUUAGUAGCUCUUAGACUGACAUUAACUUCAAGAUGUUUUAUGGUCCAUUUGAAGGUAGUCAAAUCAUUCACCAUUCUCCAAUCUUAGUUGUCAACAGCCUCGUAUGAAAAGUUUCUCCCCGGGAGUUUUAAACAUCAUCAUCCAUUGACGGUGGUUGUCGUGUCGACAACUAUAGUUUUAAAUGCGAAGGACCCUGCACUGCAGUGGAUGACGGAAAAACAAACUAAUAAUAUUGGAAUUUGAAGAUGUGUCUAGUAGCUGAUCUUCGUUACCCUCUUCGUAAUUGUUUUGUUUGUUUUAUUGGAUCUUUAUAGUAAAUACAAUUUAUGAACAUAGAAAAACAUGAUGGUAAUUUUAUAUACAGUGGGUCCCCGGGUUACGCACAGGUUCUGUUCCAGAUGACGUUCUUAAGUCCGAUUUGUACUUAAGUCGGAACACAUGUUAUGUGCAUACCGUACUGACAGAACGAUGUUUAAAAUCCCACUAUAUCAUAGCCUAAGUUCUAAAAUUACUUAAUUUAAGACAAAAGAAGAAAUAGAAUGACGAAAUACAAUAAAUGAAGGUAAAAAGUAAGUCCUCAGGGUAAUAAAAUAUUGUAAAUUUCAAGUUUAAUCCCGUUCGUAAGUCGGACGUUCAUAAGUCGGGGACCCCCUGUACCUGUUUUUUUAUUACUGUACAUUAAUGUUUUUAUGGCCUAUCUUAUGAAAUUUUCAAGAGACUUGUGUUUUGUUUUACUGCCAAGUGUAAGUUUGUUCAGCUACUGAAAUCGUCUCAUCUUUCAAAAGCUGGUACUAAUCAGGUAAGAGCAUUUAAGAUAAUUUAUUCGGCAUUUUAGCAGUUUUGUGAGUUUUUGUCUGGAAAAUAUAAAUGGGCAAUUUUCUGGGUUAGAAACCUUAAAAUGGAUAGAACCAAAUUUCACUGGCAGGUCAUUGCCACUAAACUUUAUGCGAAUGUGACAUACUAAUAAAGUGAGCACAUUUAAAAUAGAUUAUUCAACUUUUUAAUAGUUUUGUAAAUGGGUUUUCGAAUGGAAAAUAUAUUUUUUCCUCGCCAAUUAAUGGUAUUAAAAAUCUCCAUGUUGAUCGUCCGUGUAGUCUGCAAUUUGGCGCUAGUGUUUGUCAUCUCCGGCAUACCGAUCACAUGAGUAAGAUGACCCAUAAUGCAUCAGCGAAGGUGGACAGGAUUACCAACCCUACCCUAGAUGGUUCCACAUGGAGGGGAAGAGGUUUGAGCAAUUAAAACUACUGCUCGAAGAAAAAAUUCCUACAUGCGGCCUCUUCGUGGAAGAGGGAAGGAGGGUGAUUAAAACUCCGGGCAGUAGUCUCUUCAGUAGCCAAUCUUUAGACCACUUCUCACAAGAGCGCCUCUUUUCCUUUUCCAAUACCCAACGAUAUUAUUUCAACACCUUCGGGAAUGAGCAGUGGCCAUGGCUGUCCUCAGCUAUUGUGCCCCUGUGAGAUCUGAGGUCCAGCCUUCGGGCAGAACUGAAUCGUGCGUCGCGUGGCAAAUGGUGCGCUCCACAAACCUUCAGUUCAGUCGGACUGACAGACCGAACUGAUUCUGUAGCUUAAGAGCUGCAUUGGCAAGUCCACAAGGCUAGUAGAAGGAACUUAGGUGGUUGAUAUGGCCGGUACACUGUUCCCAAGUUAAUGCUUACAGGAAGGGUGCUCUCAGUGUGAAAUACAGCUGCGUGGGAGGGGUUGCACCAGCACAGUGCUUAGCGAUGCAAUUUGCUUCGAAAGCCCACUGGAAGGUUAAGGUUCCCCUGAGCAUCAUCUGGAGUGAGUGGAGUCAACAGCCUUUGAUCAAGUAAUCCCGUGUGUUACCAACUGGCAGUGUGUAUUAAAGCUAAGAACAGUGUUUUUUACAUGAAGUUGAAUUAGGAUGAGUUGUUAGUGAUCUAACAUAGCAAAAUCUCAUGCUGUGUCCGCUGAGCUAAUUUUACUAUUUUGUUGAAUAGUUAUCUGUCCAACAAUAAUUGAAAUGUUGUAUGGUACACUGUCAGGUGAAAUAUUCAGCUACAUGCACUCUUUAAAAGUUACAUUGGUACCCAUAUCUCUCUCUCAGAGGUGGGGGGCUGGGACAGUAGAUAAAACUAUCUGCAGUAGCUUCAGUGUGUGGUGGUCAGUUUCUGUGAAUGAAGUAUCUAUUCAUAUUUGGUGCUCGAUUUUAUACAAAGUCCUAAUAUGAUCUUAUUUUAUUUUUAUUUUGAAGAGAUCAUUCAUACCAUUCAUAUUACUACAACAUACAUUCAUGUAACUUGUCCUUAUCAGAAUUGGUCCCUCAUGUGUUGUGAUUUGGUCGUUCUUGUAUAUGAAGUUCUGGUACUGUACAGUAUUUGGUUCUAUGAGAAUUGGGUGUGGUAUAUGUACUUGUGUUUGAGGUGGUUUUUCUAACACCAUGGUAGGUCUCACAAUGUAAGAAUCUUGGAUGAAUGUGUUCAUAAUUUAUGCUCAGUAAGUGCUCUUUGGAUUUUUAUGACAGUUGUUAUCAUCUACUGUGUGCUUGAUUAGGUUUACUUCAGUUUCACAAAAUUAUAAUAAAUGAUGUUCUUCAUAACUAAUCAUUGACAGUAUCAACCAGCAAUGUCAGGCUUAUAAAUCUGUUAUUAAUGAACCCUUCCAUUAUUUUAUAAAAGGCCACAAAACUUUAAAUUAAAGGUGAGCAAGAAUUAUUCCUGUGCUCUGCCAGUACGGACUACACAAAGAUUAAGCUUCAUCAGCCUGGCACUGUUUUCUCAUGACAAACUGGGCCUUUACUGACUUUGAAAUACAAAAAUACAAAUUAAUUUAUAAAAUUUUAAUUCCUGGGGCUGUGGCACUUUCAUUCAUUUUAAAAGAUUUUAGGGGUAAUUUUUUCCACUCUAAUUUGGAUUCCUUUCUUAAUAAAAAAAAGUUUGUAUUCAGCAGUGAAGAAACAUAAUCAUU